CGUAUCUCACCAUGUAGAUGUACCGUCGUACCCCCACCUCUGUUACCUCACCCUACGUUACCCCACCUACCAUGACCAAGCUCCCCUCCACUCUCCAACUUUACACAUCUCACAAACAAUCUCUCUUCAACAUUAUCCUCAACACCCCCUUCGUAUUCCUUCCGCAUCACAGUCUUUUCUCAUUUCACCAUGGACGAAAGAGCCUCCCUCCCCGUCUCCCUCCCAGUCCCCAACCCAACCACCUCCUACUGGCACACCCUAACCCCACCUCCCCUCACCCUAUCACCCACCCACCGCUCAACCCCAGAUCUCCCGUCUCGAUGCGACACAGUAAUCAUCGGCUCAGGCAUCUCAGGCGCAGCAAUAGCUUACAACCUUCUCCAAUCCCAUAAUACAACAACAACAACCUCCCCACCAAAUAUCCUCCUCCUCGAAGCCCGCACCCUCUGCUCCGGCGCCACAGGCCGAAACGGAGGACACACCAAAGCAGCCUCCUACCGCACCUUCCUCUCCCACAUCUCCUCCCUCGGUCUAGACCAAGCGAUCAAAAUCGCGAGGUUAGAGCACAACAACAUCAAGGCAGUGCAUUCAUUCGCCAAGACCAACAAUAUCCAAUGUGAUCUGUUUGAAGGGGAUACAACAGACGUCAUCUACGACGCGGCGCAAUGGGACGAGGCAAAAGAAGCGGUGCACAAAAUGAAGGAGGUUUUCCCUGGGGAUGAUCCAGUGGGACGGUAUAUUUUGCUAGGGAAGGAGGAGCUGGAAAGGGACUACUUUGUUCAUGAUUAUGAUUAUGAGGGGAAAAGAGAGGAGGUGAGAGGGGGAGUGAGGUAUGCGGCCGGGGGGUUGUCGGCAUAUAAGUUUGUUAUGGGGUUGUUGAGGUCAAUGGAGGGGAAGGGGUUGAAUGUUCAGGCCGAGACGGGGGUUAGCGAGGUAAAGAGGGAUGGGGAAGGGGGCGGAUGGGUGGUGAAGACGGGGAGGGGGGAGGUGAGGGCGGGGAGGGUGGUGAUGGCUACGAAUGGGUAUACUGCGGGGGUGAUGCCGGAGGUGUUUCAGGGGGUGGUUGUGCCGUUGAGGGGGCAGAUCACGGCGCACAGACCUGGGAGUAAGAUGGCGAAGAAGGUGUGUUUGGACACGACUUAUAGUUUUAUUUAUGAGGGGGGGUAUGAGUACAUGAUUACGAGGCCGGAGGGGAGUGAGCUGGAAGGGGAUGUCAUCAUGGGAGGGGGGUUGGUGAGGGGGGAGGCGGAGGAGGGGUUGAGGGAGUUUGGGGUGAGUGAUGAUUCGGGGUUGAAUCAGGGGAUAAGUGAGUAUUUGAGAGAGACGACAGCGAGGUAUUUUGGGAGGGAUUGGGGGGAUGAUGAUGCUGAGGGUCGGAUAAGACAGGAGUGGACUGGGAUUAUGGGGUUCAGCCCGGAUGGGUUUCCGUUUGUAGGGGAGGUUCCGAACCAGAAAGGGCUAUGGGUGAGCACCAGCUUUCAGGGACAUGGGAUGGUGCUGUGCUGGAUGUGUGCGGAUGCUUUGGUGAAGAUGAUGAGAGGGACGGAGGAGGAGGAGCUGAAAAAGUGGUUUCCGGACAUCUUUAGGAUUACGGAGGAAAGGCUGAAGAAGAGGUUCAAGGGGAGGCUGAGUUGA